UCUAACCGGGAACAACACACUCACUCUCGCAUAAUGGUGAAAUUUGUAUUAGUUACCGUCUUGGCUCUGGUGGGCAGCACCUUUGCGGCCAGCAUUGGUCAAUCGGUCACCACGGAGAAACAUGAAGUUAUUCCUCUGUUGAAAUUUGAGACCGAAAAGGAACCAAAUGGCAAUUUCCACUUCAGCUAUGAGGGAGGCGAUGGAAGUUCUCGUCAAGAGCAGGGUGUCAUAGAAAAUGCAGGCACUGAUGAAGAGGCUUUGGAAGUAUCUGGUUCAUAUCGUUAUAUCGAUGCCGAUGGCCAGGAAAUCGAAGUCCACUAUACGGCUGGCAAAAAUGGUUUCGUACCCAUUGGCACUAAUAUUCCCCAUUCGAUUUCGGCCUUGGCCAAGGCUGCUGCUGAUUUGCCACAAGUAUCCGAGGAGGAAGAUCUGAAAGCCAGACGUAAGGCUCGCUCCAACGAUGAGAAGACCAAGAAGGGUGAAAAACAUGAGAAGAACGAGAAAAAGGAGAAGAACGAAAAAGUAGAGAAGAUUGAGAAGGCUGAAAAGACUCAUGAUGUGCAUGAGAAAUCUCAUGCUGUCCAUGAGAAGUCUCAUGAUAUUCCCGUCAAAGUUGUCGGCCAUUAGUUCGCCAUUUAGUUUAAACGAAAUUUAAUUUAAGUAUUAUUACAAUUUAAUUUUCUCUGUAUGUAUUUUUGUUCAAGAACUGGUUAGACCAAUAAAUGAUUCUUCAUCUAAAAACGA